CAGGUGUGGUAAAGUAUACUCUUCAGAUGGCCAUCUCAAAAUGUGCUUCACAAGAUAGGAUGGUCUGGCCUCAAUUCAAGAUUUGAUCACUUUGAGGUGAGGAAGGAGUAUAGAUUUGUUCACUGCUAGUCUACUGCAAGAUAUAGGGGAUAUCAAGAUGAGUGUUUUAAUAGUCCUCAACCAUGGAGGAGGGAGGCUAUAAAAAUUUUGGAUUUGCCUUAUAAGCUUAUAGUGUUUUCUUUGAAUGUUGAUGGUGAAUGCUUUGUGUACUAAGAUUUAACACUCAAAAUAAAAUCUAAAUGUUAGUACUCUGGUAGCGUUUGGAUUUAACGUUUUUUGCGUUUGCAUAUACAAAUGCAAGGGACCCACGCUAUAGUAUGCUCACUAAACGCGCAUAACCUAGCUGAAACGCAUGGAUGAAAAAAUAGAGUGCAUCGUUUCAUUAAAAGCGGGCAUGUGCAUGUACUGUUCAUGGACAGAAAUGCUCAGUACUGUUCACACACAAAUAACCCACGAAGAAGGGCAGAGUCACAAACACAAAACACAGCGUUCCGGCCAGUGGCUAUUUUCAUUCUCCAGGAGUUUCUUCUCUUAACUACAGUGGCAGAUGUCUUCAAUGUUCUUCAUCAAUGCUCCGUCCUCUUCCAAAUCAAUGAAUUGCACCUACCCACCAACCAAAAACCCAUCAAAACAGAUGAAACACCUACAUUGCAAACCCGUUACACAAAACAAACCCACCUCAUCCCCUCUAUUCUUCCUUCACUCGAGCUCACCUUUUCUCUGCUUGUGACGUCGUUGUCGCCACUGUGGGUCUCUGCAUUCACGGGUAAGUUGUGUCUAACUUCUCAUAUUCUCUGAUAUGUUGGUGUGUGGUUAUAUUGUUUUCCACGAGGUUUCAAUCUGUGGUUUUUUGUGUUCAACGUUUGUGUGUGAUUUUUGUGUUCAACGUUUGUGUGUAGUUUUUAUGUUUUCCAUGACACUAGUAUGUGGGUUUCUCUCUUCUUCGUGUAAUUUUUUGUGUUUCUCUUCCUACCUAUGUUGUAUUUGGACUAUGUGAGUUUACUUUACAUUUUUCAUGUGGGCAUGUGUAACUGAUUAUGAUAUGCACAUGAAUUGUUUGUUGAAAUGCCUCAAUGAGUAUAGAAGGAAGUUAUAGCAAAAAUGGGUAAGGGGAAAUCGAAGGACGGUGGUAAUGAUGCGAGAACUGAUUGGAAAGAACCAGCGGAACUAAAAGUUUUUUGUGAUUUGUGUGCUGUUCAAGUCCUAGAGGGCAAGAGGAGUGGAGGAUUUUUUUAAAAAGAAGGGGUUGAUGUAGUGAUUAAGCACUUGGGUGAAAUGGGAAAAGUGGUGACUCACACGCAGUUUAAAAACAAAUGGGAUCAUCUGAGAAAACGGUGGAAGGAUUAUAACAAAUGUUUUGAGUGUGAGACUAGGUUGGGUCUUGAUCCUGGAACUGGGCAGCUUAAUGCCAGUGAUGAGUGGUGGACCCAAAAGAUUGUGGCAUGCCCCAAGGUAGGAACCUUUAAAAAAAGAGGUAUGCCAAAUAAAGACUCCAUGGACAUCAUGUUUGGAGGCACAGUUGCAACAAGGAAAAAUGCAUUCUGCACGAGUGGUCAAAUAUCAAAGGAAAGCACUGAAGUGUUUAAGGACUCCGUUGAUAACAAAGAAUUUGUUGACCCCCAAUGUCAACCCUCUGUGAAUGUUGACCCAAUGGAGGUUGAAGGCCCAUCAUUGUCAAGGGCAGGACUGGCAGUGAAUAAGGGGAAGGGCUUGGCAAGCGGUGUCCACCUUUUCAGGCCAAUUUGCAAGAAACUAAGAAAAAAGCAUUCAGUUGUGCAAGAGAUGUCUGACUCUUUGAAGAGCAUCUCAGAUAUUAUUGUUGAAAAUAGAAGUGUAAGUACUCGUACACCAUGUGCUUCCAAAGCAACUGCUGAGCUUAAAUCAAUUAUGAACAUGGUGUUAAGUCUUCCUAGGGUGCAAUCGGGUGAUCGCCUUCAUCUAUUCAUCACCCUCUUCUUCAUGGAAAAAGUAGAGGGUAGAAAUAUGUUUAUAGCACUUGGUGAUAAGAAGGACGUUCAGUUGAAGUGGCUAGAGAUGCAGUACCAAAGGAACCCUAAAUUUCAUUUUUCCUGAAGGAAAGAGGAUUGUUUCAAUAGGUUUGCUUAGGCUUGGUAUUGUAGUAAUUGGAUUUUCUUUUUAUGUACCUAUUGCAUUCUUUUUUUUUUUUUUCUUUUUCUUUUUUAUUGGUAGAAACUAUGCUUACCAUAGGUGUGUAUGUAAGACAAUGGUUACUAAUUAAUUGUCAUGUAGUGUAUGCUUACUUGUUCCUUUUUCUUCUGCUAGUGUUUAUAAUUGUCAUUAUG